AUGGAGUUUUGGAAUAUACCACAGACAAUGAUUGCUUCAUGUUGCGUUGGCAAAAUAGCUGCCGCGGAGUCGGAGAAAACGGUUGAGGAGACAGUCAGGAGAGAAAUACUUUGGGAUUUUGAGAAGAGCCUCAAAAUGUAUGAAGAUUCAAUUGGAUGGAAGAAAGCCGCAGCCAGGUUGUGGAUAAUGUUAGAGUUUCCCUGCUUCUGUAAAACAGCUACUAUGUGGUCUAUCUUCAUGUCCCUCAUGGUUGUGCUGUCUACUCUCACGCUGAUGCUCAACUUCGAUACGACGUUACGAGAACGACUUGAUCUUCCGGAGAAUCGUACGAACGAUAGCAUCACGAUGCUUGUCGGGUCAGAGAAAUGGCAUAUAUUUUUCACUACUAUCAUCAGGUUUGAGUUCCUGAUUCUUGAUGUCAACGUCAACUUUAUUAUUCUCGUAGAUUUUAUCGUCCGUGUCAUUGUGUGUCCGUAUAAAAUUGUGUAUUUAAAGUCGGGAAAGACUCUUUAUGGUCUAAUAAUCCUAACAUUUUGGGCGACGGUAAUAUUUGCCAUCUCACCACAUGUAUCUGGUUCCGAACCAUCGGUUCGCAUCAAGUAUGUGUGGUUAGCAAGUAUUGGAAUACAGCUCCUUCGGCCGGUCCUGCUACUUCGUCUCUCAAACGGGUUUGUUGGCUUGAAAGUACUGCUGAUGGUGCUCACCAAAAGUGUAGAAGACUUCAUGACCAUUGUAGCAUUCCUUUGCAUUGGGACGUUGUUCUUCGCUAUAUUUAUUUACGCGGCGGAGAUAGCGCUGGAUGGCAGCUUUACGACCCCUUGGCAGGGAUGCUGGUGGGCCAUGGUGACAAUGUCUACCGUCGGUUACGGUGACAUGUAUCCGCAAACCUCUCCAGGUUACUGUGUUGGUGUUCUCUGUGCGUUAUCCGGGGUGAUCAUCACUGGUCUGUCUAUACCAAUCCUCAGCAAUAACUUUAGCAGCUAUUACCGCCAUGUCCAUCUGGCAAUGGCGAGAAUUCGCAAGUGCUACCCGAAAGUACAUCAUCAGUUAGAUCACACAAUAACAGUAGCAGAAAUGGACAAAUGGUCGAAAUGA